AUGGUGUCUUCCAGCACAACCUCGAUUCAGACGGGGCUACCGCAGCCCACGAGUACUGGUUCAAAUCCGGACGGGUUCAUUGGAAAUAAGCCCUCGACCGUGCUGUUUUUUGUUGCCCUGUGUAUAGGUGUUUGCAUUGCCGUGCUAUUCAUGUUUUUCACAAUGAGGUACUUUGUGAGGUCCAGGUUCGGAAUGUAUGUUCCGGUCUCGGCGUACAAUUUGGGCAAUAGGACAGGGCCUGUGUUUGCUUCGGGUCGUAAUGCUUUUGCUUUUUUCACGCCUGUGCAAGAUUUGCAUUUCGGAGAUGUGACUUAUAUUCCUCAGAACGCCGCAGAGAGCAACGCAUAUGCAUUUUUGAUUAACAACGGGAGGCGAUUCCGCAAGAAAUUUCGGCUAACGAAACAGCAAGUGGAUGAUCUGUUUCCUGUGAAAACAUACCAUGAAUGGGUAAAUGGAGGCCAGGAAGAGGAUGCGGCCAAUAGGAAGCAGAACGUGAUCGUUUGUGAAGAAGCUGAAGUCCCUGAUACUGCUCCGGUGGAGAUCACCGGUGCUUCGGAACACACGGAAACAACACCAUCUUCUAGUGCAGAAGGUCAUUCGCAUGAGGCCGAAGUUGAGCUUGAAGAGAUCGAUCUCACGGAGGCUUCUGUAGCUAAGAAAGGUGCUGAGCCUCCUCGCGAGCAACAGGCCCAUUUCACUUCCGGAAUAUGUGCCAUCUGCAUUGACACCUUGGAGGACGACGACCAGGUGAGAGGCCUCAUUUGCGGACAUGUUUACCAUUCCGAGUGUAUAGAUCCAUGGCUCAUCAACCGCAGGGCCUCGUGUCCGAUGUGCAAGCGCGAUUACUAUAUUCACGACGAAAACGAGGCUGAUGUACCGAAUGACAGUGAUUCACUUCAAAAUAUCUAUUUCCCCAGGACGACCUCGUACAGGGCUCAGAACUUGCUCGCUGCGCUUCAGAGCUUAAGGACACCAGAUGCACCUACUGCGUCUGCGGAAAAUACCCCUCAAGAGAACGAACAGGGUGAUGAAAUGGUUGAUCUGGCUGACGCUGGUGGGCAAACGGGAAGUGGAAAUGGUGGUACAACUAAUACGGGCCCUUCAUCCGGUGCGUCUCCUCGCUCACAUCCCUUCAACCCGGCAGACAUUGUCGAUCUCGAUGUGGAAGCCCAGCGGAGAGUAGAGGAGAAGUCCAAGUGGUACCAUUGGAUAUUCUGGCGGUUGAUGGGUAUCACGCCGGUUGAUCUGUUCAAUCAUUACGUCGUUGAUGUGUACGAACGCAGACGCUACGAACGGAGGUCCAACCAAGCGAGAAACGCGAAUCAUGAGGCUGGGGGAUCGCACGAACAGAAUGAUGUCACGAUGCAUGAUCUAAGAGAGUCUUUUGUUCAUUCAUUGGUUUAA